AUGCGUAAGCUCUUCGUUCUCCUGUCCGUCCCCAUAUUGCUGCCAGCCGUUAUCGCUGCAGUCAACCUUCCCCCUCCAGACAACCCUCACCCUCCAAACAACCCUCCCCCUCCAAACAACCCUCCCCCGCCAAACUGCCUGGACAGCAUUCGAAGUGGAGCAUUCGGGACCGCAGGCGGUAGAGACAACCAUGGGAACCCUGCGGACAUAUCAACCGCCACUGCCAUCACAUACGAAUUAUGCCUAGCAGCCUGUGGGGCCGGUCCAGGGCCUUUCCAAUGGUCUCCUUUCUCCCAGCAGUUUAGCUCAUGGCUUUUGCCAUGGUUGGCUUUGGUGAGCCAACUCCCGUUUGGAUCAAACGACAAACUCGAUAAUUUGGAUUCUAUGCUGCUGACCAUCGGCUCACCGGCCCUGGCGGCCUAUUCCCUUGCCCUGACAGCACUGAAUAAACGUUGGAUAGCGCGUCGCUUUGCACGACUCACAUACCCGAACAUCCGACACGCCAUCCGCAUUUUCAACAAUUUACAACAGGUACCAUUGAGGAUUGUGAAGGAUGAUGCACUCCUCGCUUCCCUUGUUGUCCUUUGGCAAAAUGAUGAAUGGUGGGCUGAACUCGAUGAGUGUCUCAACGAUACACAUUCCUGGUCCAUUUCCACGGUUACUUCAAUUGCCUGGGUUGUAAUCGCAUACGUUUUCACUGUGCUGGACUCUUUCACCACAGAUCUCGGGCCAUGCAGUCAAGCGAUUGGACAGGCAGUCGCGUCACUUUGGUUAUGGCUCCUGCCUAUCAUCAUCGGUUGGAUGAUGAUAUCACCGAAAUGCGACUCUCUCAGAUUGAGCAGCACGAUAGAGCGUGCAAAUAGAAUUGCCUACGUUGCUACAGACGACGGCAGCAUCAUCCCUACAAGCCAUUCUGGCUCCGAAAAACACGCUGUCGAACUCACAAUCUCGGAAGGGGAUACACUCACUUGCGAUGAGAAGCGCACGGCGGCCGUUUACCAUUACGCAAAGUUCCUGUCCUGGGUGAUGGCAGUGGAGGAGGUGUGGGAGGCGUUUCAUGGCGCAUCAGAUCACUAUUACAGCCACCUUCCUGUGGAUCCGACCAUCAAUUGGGAAACAGUUGAUAGGAACCAGCGACCCCCUGAGCGCAAUCGCGUCGGCAAUCGGCGUCAAUUGGAGGAGUACUGCAGACCCCUCCGUGCCCGGACAACUCGCAGCUGUUGGGGGCCAAAUGUGAUCUCGAGAAUGGUCAUCGCCUCAUUUCUUGCCAUGGUGUUGCAGUGGGGAACGGCAGGUUCAGCCAUUAUUGUAAUUUGGUUCACUCCCACCAUCGGUUUGAGCUGUCGUUCAGCUUCGUUUAUCGUCUACGCAGUCCUAUCUACCAUCGUUUGGAUUCUUCUCGUUUCCUCCAGCAUCCUGACACAUUAUGCCACCAUGCAACCCCUCGAUUUCAGACACUGGCAUCAGCCUUUCAACGACUGGUCCAUAAGGGCCGCCAGAUUGACCUCCAUCUUCCUUCGGUGUAUCGGGAAGUUGAUCGCCACGCUCAACGCCAUCUGGAUCCUUGUUUCAUGCAUGCUCCAGCUCAGCAACUUCUAUGAUACGUGCUACUGCAAUAGCAAUGUUUUCUCAUUACAGGGUCGUGCGUACACCGUCAUUCAGUUAGUGGUUGGUGAUCUUGCAGGCAUGAUGGGUGCGCGGAUAGGUGGUGUGUGCCUGGCGGCAGGAGUCGUGGUGAUAUUCGUUGGGUUCGUCGUCUUGCAUCAGUAA